GUGGACAGUGAUCGCACGUAAAUUACGCAGGAUUGUGCGUAGCGCUGCAGCGGCUUGGAGCACUGUGUGAAUGGAGCCUCAUAAAAUGGCGGAUCGUAGUGAAGAUGUAGAUGCAGAGAGUGAAGAUGAAUUAUAUGAGGUGGUUAACAUCACAGAUUAUGCCAGGAGGCAUCAGUGGUGGAGUCUUGUUUUUGGGAACAGUACAGGACCCAUUGCAGAAAAGUACUCUGUGGCUUCACAGAUCAUGAUGGGUGGAGUGACAGGAUGGUGUACUGGUUAUCUUUUUCAGAGAGUUGGAAAAAUUGUGGCUACUGCUGUUGGAGGAGGAUUUCUUUUGCUACAAAUUGCCAACCACAGUGGCUAUGUGCAGGUUGACUGGAAGAAAGUGGAAAAGGAUGUCAAUAAAGCAAAAAAGCAUCUGAAGAAAAAGGCAAACAAAGCAGCCCCUGAGCUCAAUUCCUUUAUAGAAGAAUCGACAGAAUUUGUGAAGAGGAAUAUUGUUAUCUCAGGUGGAUUUGUUGGAGGAUUUCUGCUGGGCCUUGCAUCCUAAAUGAAACAUGUAUCUACUGUAUUACCAAGUAGUUUGCACAUUAAUAUUUUCCCUUAUGUCGGUGUCACAGCAAUACAACACUGGAACUUGAUGUAUUGUCUGAAGCUGUGCAAUGGACAUUUGCUGAACUGUUGUUCUAAAUAUAUUCCUCUGCAAUGCUGAUUAACUGUACAUAGCUUAAUCAUCCUGAUGAAGAGAUAUAUUGUGCCAAUAACUUUAAAGAAAAUUGUAGGUGUGGUUUUGUUAUUUUUUUAUUUUAUUUUGCAUACUCUUAGUAAGACAUCAACAUGAGGUUUGUUAUACAACUAAAGUGUUUCUUACUGUGCUGUGUUUUUGACAAUACAUUAUUAGAGUUAGUUGGAUAAUUUCCGUGAUAUUUACUUGUCCAGAAGCAUGUAUUGUUUUUUUGAGUGUUUUACUUUCUUUGUGUUUUCUUUUUUUUUUUAAAUAUACAGAAUCAACCA